CAUGACGCCACGGUGAGCAUUUCCGGGUAGCGCCAGUUUUAAACGGAAAUAGCUAAAUGGUUGUCAUAAUAAUCUAAUUUCAUAAAUUUUAUUAUCAGGAGACUAACAUGACAGAUUUUGAAUGUCCUAUCCUUCCGAUUUCAGAGAUCUGCCUUUUUUUCAGGGAUUGCAAGAUUGAUAUUUCUGAAAAGGAUUUUAAAUCACCUGAUCCUCGGAAGUGGCAUGCUAUAUAUGGAGAAAUGUUUGAAAUUCAGGUCAAAAGAUCAAUUGAUCAAGUUGUUCAGCAAAUGUUGAUGGUCAGUGUUGUGGAUAAGUCAUAUCACGAAUAUAAAGAGGAAGGCUGUGCAUUAAUGGCAUAUACUUUAUGCUUGGCCAGAGUUUUUAAUGUCUUAGGAUUUAAAGAUUUCUCUUUGCGAGAUCUGGUCAGCCCAACUUCAGAUAGAAUUCAGAAGCUGUCCAGUUUAUUUAUCAAUAUGGUUCGACACACUCAAAUCAGACGCCCCUUGAUUGAAAAUAUCAUUCAGCGUGUUCAAGUGAAUGUAGGUCAAUCAGUGUCUGCACGUAACAGAAAUAAAGAGUUGAAAGAGGAAUAUGAAAAGACCAAAGAAGAGCAACCUGUUUUAGAAGCAGAAAUCAAAGAGAAAUCAGAAGAAUUAGAACAAGAGAAACUACCCAUUAUAGAACUAACAAGAGAAAGUGAGGAAGAGAAAAGAAUUUCUGAAUCGCUGAAGCUUCGGCAUGCAGAGCUAAAACUAGAGAAAGAGAGAUUUAAACAAGAUGUGCUACAGAUACAACAAAAUUUAGAAGCUUUAUCAUGUAAAGUUGUCAAGUCCCCACAACGUUUUCGUAAAGAGCUGGAGAGACUUAAAGAAAGAGUUUCUGAACUGAAGGAAGAGCUCAGGACUAAAGAAAGACAAUCAUCAGAAAACAGGCAGUUGCUGGAAACAACGAUUCAAAAACAUUCAGCGCUACAAAAAGCUGUGAAACUAAGCACAGAAGUGACACAAGAUAUGGAGAAAGAAAAUGAGCUGGACAGCCAGAUCAAACAGCUUUCAGAAUACAUCACGGAGCAGCAAGAGGUGUUCAAAAAGAGCAUGACUAAACAAGAGGACUUGAUGGAAAGGUUGGCUAUUCGGAAGGAGGCUAGAAACAAAGUCCAGCAUCAAGUAGAUGGUUACAAGAAGAGCACCUACCAACAACUCAUGGACUUGAAACAGCACCUGUCAAAGCUAGAGAGCAAUUUUAAAGUUUAUAAAUCUGAGAUUUCUCAAUUACAUAGUCAAAUGGAAGCUAAGAAAAACUGUAUUCAGGAGCUGGAGGCAUCAAAAGAAGAAGAGAGAAACAAUUUUCAAAGGAAAUGCAAUGCCAAGACUGAAGAGAUUAACAAUUACAAUGAAAAUCUAGUCAAGGUUUUUGAACAGUUCCAGGCAUUGAUGAACUGAUGCCAUUCCAUUGCCAGUGUUUAGUGAGGCAUGUUUCCUCUUGCAGAUCAUGUUGGCAUCCCCUUAAGCAGCCUGAAUCUAUCACUGUUGAUUCUCCAGAUCAAUUAUCCCAUGCACUCCACUUUCUGUACCAGUUGGGGAGAAAAUUAAAGUUCUGGUCUUUUCUUUUUUCUACUGUCACUGGUGAUCCUGGCUGCCAUCUGAAUACAUAGACAUUCCUACAGGAAAAAAAGUUUAAAAAAAUAAAUUAAUUAUACAUUCAACAAUAAACUUAACAUAGUACACUAUUGAACAUACACAAUAUCUUAGUUUUUUGUUGUUUUAAAGAUAUGAAUGAUGUAAACUUCUGAAACAUCACACAGUGGACUAUUAAAAAAAUGUUUCCCAAUAGGUGAGCCACUGGGCUUGUAAAGUAUUCAAUUGGUUAGCUAAUUUUAUUUCACAUGAAAGCUUCAACAAUUCUUUGGCAUUUUUCAUAGAUGUACUCUUUAAUUCUUCAACUACACAUCUAACUUGUGAUUUUAUUGGAAAAUAAAAAGUCCUCAGUUCUGAUCUCUGGUUCUGGCAUAAGUCUCUGGGCAAGUAAUUAACAAGCUAGUUUUCUUUGGAAACUGCUUUGAUUCAGCACAUCAUUUUAAGGCAAAUGCUAAGUGUUCACAUUCAGAGCCAAGCAUUCACUAACAUCAUGCCAAUGGUCUACCAAAAUAUGUACACAUUUUGAUCUACACCUACCAUGCUUUUACUGUAGUUUAAUUACUGCAGACUGCUAAACUUAAAUCAGACUUGGCCUUUUCAUAUAUGUUGACAGCAUUUUAACAGCUCUCAUACAAGUUUCUCUCUUGAUUAUGUCAAUGUUUUUUUUUACUGUUACAUAAACUUUACAUUAAUCAAUUCAAAUGUAUAUAAAAUAAUCUGUACCAGUAAUUUGAUAAAAGCUUUUUACCAUGUUACUAUUACAAACUGUUUUACACAUGUAAAAAUUAUUAUAGUAAUUGUUUUAAAUGGGCGGAUAUAUGCAAAACGAAAAUUAUUCAGUUAUAAGAAAAAAUUGGACCGAUAUAUAAUUUGCCCCUGCACACUAUAUAGUUCUCUAUAAGGGAAUUAUAUAUUGGUCAUGUCAGGACACCUUGUAAUUGGCAUCACUGAAUUUCAUUAGUUGGUUCAUUCUCCAAUCUUUAACCUGUAUGUCUGCUUUUUCAUUAAACCAUAACUUACAAAUGCAAAAACACAACUUAAUAAUAUACUCAGAAAGGAACAUUUCUUAAUUCAUAUGCUAGGACUAUUUGUAAAAUUGCUCCUGUUCCCCUUGUGCCAUUAGUGCAUGGAACGGAUGGCCUGAAUCACGAACUUCUAUAUUUUCUAAAAUACAAUUUGUUAGAGCCCCAUAGAAGGAACAUUGGUUUUUUCAUUGUUAUGGGGUGAGCCAGUGGAGAGUGUUAAAAAAAUGUGUGUUUUUUUCCUACCUAUGAAAGAGUUAUAAAUGGAAAUUCCCACCUGCUGUCAUCUGCAAUGUUUGCCUUUAUAAAAUCCAAAAAGGCUUUUAAAAAGUUGAAACAGACAUUUGGUCUCCAGGGUUGUUGCAAUGUUUCCUAAAGAGAAGCAGAUUUAUAGGAUUGCCUAUUUUAAUUAUGUGACUAUGCAGAAGUUAAUGCAACAAUGUUUUCAUUAAAUGAUAUUAUGAAACACUU